AUGUCUCAAGCAAAGGAAGACACCAGAGUCGUCCAUAUGCCUCGAUAUAUCAACUGGACGAAUUCGGAUGAACUCGGUUAUGAAAUUCUCUAUCUGGACUCAGUUUGUUGGCUAGAAUUUAAAACAGAAAUGAGUUUACCGAAGGCUCGCAGUCUUCAUCUGUAUUUCAAGAUGAAAUUUGGCAACGACCGAAACAAUCACCACCAAACCCGAACGCCUGAAAUAACAAUUCGCUCUGAAGGAAAUGUCAUCUCAAAAGGCUUCGUCGAUGGAAAAGACAUGGCCAUUGCUGGAUCCUGGCGUUGGGUGAAAGUUUACCAAGACAAAAAGUUCGGAAAGCUGAUGACUUUCAACAUUGCCAAAGCUGCGCGUUGCGAAAUUCACUGGUUCAGCGAGAAGCCCUACUGGUAUCAUGACAUCAGCUGGGGAGGCCUGACGGUUGCAUCAGAGUAA